AGAAUCAAUCAAAAACAAAAAAAAUUUUGUAAUUUAAAAUUUCUAAGUAGCAUGCAAAACAAUCUUAGCGAAAUAAAAAAAUAUUAACAAUAGAAGGAGGAAAGAUUUCAUUAAAGUCUGUUCAAAGAUCAAAUCUAAAAUAUAGAUUCAACUAUUCAAGAUGAUUCGAAUAAUCCUGAUUUUGUUAAGGUCAUUGUAAUUUGCACCUUCAUUAAUGAAGUAACUAUUCAACUUAAAUUGAUAGACAAUAGCAACCAAAGAAAAAAUAAUCUGCUCUGAUAACGAAGCUUAAUUUGUAGAAAAGGAUGACGUAGUUGGUAAAGAAUGAAAAAUAAAAAAAUAGAAUAACAAGACCUUUCUGAUUGUAUCAAAAAAGAAAUUGUAACAUAUAUAGAAAGGGCAUUUAUUGAAUGUUCUAAACUACUAAAGUCGAAUUAUAUUGAAAAAUCUGAUGUGAUAAAAGUAUACUUCAAUCGUACAAAAUUAGUUGCCCAUCUGUUCGGCUAAUGGAAUACGUAUUCCAAACGAAUAUGAUAUCAGAUAGUUUUUUAAAUUGUCUAAAAUCAAAAACAAUAGUGAGGAAUUCGGCAAAUCGCUUCGAUCUAUGGAUACUAAACAUUUAUUUGGUUUGCUUAUUAGCAGUCUUGUAUUCCAAGUAUUUAUCUCAAUUGUUAUUUUGAGGAUAGUCAAAUUGAGGAAGCCAUAUUUGAAUUACUCUUUUAAAACAUCACAUUGGAAAAUGCUGUAAAGUUGUUACUUAUCACUGUUCAAUAUGAAUCCAAAAAAUAACACUAUUUUUAUAAGUAUCAUUUAUAAUCAUAAUCUAGACUUAUUAAGCAUUUGUAUUAUUUUAGCAAAGGGUUGUUGAAGGAAACCUAUGACAAUUAUUUACAAAAGAUAGUGUAAAAUGGAAUGAAGCCAAAACAAUUGUAAGUUGAAAAACCCAAUUUUAUUAAAUUAAUAACUCAAUUGCACAUUUUUAAAAUUAACUCAACCAUCCUUUAUCCCAUUUUUAAAUAAUAAGAGUCAUCUCUAUUUUAAUAUUACAAACCCAUUAAUGAAACGAAAUCAUUCACUGUUUAUAGAAAUUUAGAUUGUCCAGAAGGAAGAGAGUAAUCAGAUUUUCCACAUAUCUACUAUCUCAAGAAUAACGAGUAGUAAACUGUUUUAGUAGCAGUGUAAUAUGAGAUUUCUGGGGAUAUUCUUAUUUUCUAAGAGUACUAAGAGAAGUUCAUUAAAUAUAAUGAUAACUACUUAGGACUUAUUGAGUUUAAGAAUCAAGGCAAGGAAUUUAUUGUUUUUGAUGAUGGCUAUCCAGAGUACAUGGAAAAUAGCUUUCCUUAAUGGGUGGGGAGGAAGAAAAGGAGAAUGUUAAUUUUUGAUUACUUUUCAGAUAAAAGAUACGACAAACCAAGAUUAUUUGAUGUGAAAUGCUUCAACAUUAAUACAAAUUAGUAUGACGGUAAUAAUUUUUGCAUUAUUCUUAAGAGAUCAUAACUUAAGAACCACACUAUGAUGAAUAGAAGGGUGCCUUUACAUUGAAAUUAAAAGAUAUCGCACUAACGCCAUCAACCAGAAAUUUUGUAUUACAAAAAAAGGAAGACAACAGCAAAGAAUAACACAUCUAUCUAUGUCAUGGGAAAUUAAAUAGACAUACAUUUCACUUGGAAUUACACGAAGGAAUCAGUGUAUUCUAAGGAUUCUGUAUUUCUGUUGUAUCAAUUUGUUCUAAGGGCACUUGUUAAUGAAUACAUAAUAAUUUGUAUUUUAUUUUUAAA